AUGUCUGACGUCGAAGAACAAUACGUUGAAGAACAACCAGUUGUCCAAGAAGAAUUACAAUUAGUUGAAUUGGCUACCGCCAUCCCAGCUGACGUUCAAGCUGCUCAACAAGAAGUCAAAUUAUUCAACAAGUGGUCUUUCGAAGAUGUUGAAAUCAAGGACGUCUCCUUAGUUGACUACAUCCAAAUCAGACAACCAGUCUUUGUUUCCCACACUGCUGGUAGAUACGCUUCCAAGAGAUUCAGAAAGGCUCAAUGUCCAAUCAUCGAAAGAUUGACCAACUCCUUGAUGAUGAACGGUAGAAACAACGGUAAGAAGUUGAAGGCUGUCAGAAUCGUCAAGCACGCUUUGGAAAUCGUCAACGUCUUGACCGACAGCAACCCAGUCCAAGUUGUUGUUGACGCUAUUGUCAACUCCGGUGCCAGAGAAGACUCUACCAGAAUUGGUUCUUCCGGUACCGUCAGAAGACAAGCCGUCGAUGUCUCUCCAUUGAGAAGAGUCAACCAAGCUGUCUCCUUGUUGACCAUUGGUGCCAGAGAAGCUGCUUUCAGAAACGUCAAGACCAUUGCUGAAUGUUUGGCUGAAGAAUUGAUCAACGCUGCUAAGGGUUCUUCUACCUCUUACGCCAUCAAGAAGAAGGAUGAAUUGGAAAGAGUUGCCAAGUCUAACCGUUAAAAUGUCUAUAUUUCAUGGGUUUCAUUUGUGUAUUUUAUCUUUCAUCUUUUAUAAAACACAACUUAAUGUAUAAAAGAACAUAU